AAACAUUGAUCAAUACUGCCUUUUAUCGUGUGUGUAUGUAUGUGUGUGUAAAUUUGACAACAGUAUUCAGAUGCAAAAUGGCGUCAAUCACGAAAUUAAUUCAACUUUCAAAACAAUUAUCUAUUAAACCAAUAAAUCCGAAUUUUAUUAAUAGUGUUCGAACUGCAGUAAAUAUGAGAGAUUGGAUGCCAGGUGAAUUUCCUAAAAAUGAAGAAGAAAGACGUAAAGCAGCUAGAAAAUAUAAUCUCCAUCCGGAUGAAUAUAUACCAUUUCCUGAUAAUGAUAAAUGGGGAAUGAACAGAGGAGAUUAUCCAAAUAUUCCAACAAUUGGUCAUGCUGUAAAAGAUCCAUAUUAUCCAUGGGAUCUGCCAGGCGAAAGAAGAAAUCACAUGGAGACUGUUCACGAGGAUUAUGAUUUGUUAGGUCCAGACAAAAAUGACGAAAUGGGAAAAAGAGAAAAAUUUACUAAUUUCCAGGGUGUGUGUAUAUUUUUCGCAUAUGUGGCUAUAUAUUCUAUUCUUAUUUUGUUGGUAGAUGAUUACAAAUGGUUUCCAUCUGUGAUGGAGAAACAAUGGCCAAAAGAAGGUGUCAAGCAUUAUACAUUUGAAUCAGCUAAAUAAGUAAUCUAAAAAUUUAUUAUAAAUAAUUUAAUUACCAAAAAUGAAAAAUCAUUUUGUUAACAUUGAAUAGUAGUUAAAUAAAUAUUCUAUGAAAAAUAUAUAGAAAAUAAA